CGUUUACUUUUGCGGACAAGUUGACACUGUGACAGCAUGAUAUGGACGCUGUCACUCUCAACGCUUUCGUCUCUUCCAUUCCCUUCUCUGCUCAAUUAUCAUCAAUACCCACUCUCUGACCAUAAACAUUUUCACAAAAAAUGUUUGGGAAUUCAAUGGAAAUUGACAGUACUUCAGAGAACUCGAUUUGGCUAUUCGACUAUGGCUUAAUGGAAGACAUCUCCGCCAUCCCAGACGGAGACUUACCGGCUGCGCCACCGGUGACCACCUGCUUCAGCUGGCCGUCGCAGGAGAUCAAUAAUUGCUCUAACGUAAGUGUGGAUAUUGACAGCUCAUUUGGGGAUUCAGAAGCCGUUGAGGAAACUGGCUUGCGGAAAAGGUUGAAGUCUGAAUCAUGCAAUGCAUUGGGCACCAAAGCAUGUCGGGAGAAAUCACGAAGAGAUAGGCUGAAUGAGAGGUUCGUGGAAUUGGGUUCUGUUCUGGAGCCUGGAAGGCCCCCCAAUACAGACAAGGCUGCUAUUUUAGGUGAUGCUGUCCGCAUGGUGAGACAGCUACGAAGCAAAGCCCAGAAGCUAAGGGAGUCAAAUGAGGAUUUGCAAGAGAAGAUUAAAGAACUGAAGGCUGAGAAGAACGAGCUCCGCAUUGAGAAGCAGACUAUGAAGGAAGAAAAGGAGAAGCUGGAGCACCAAGUCAAAGCCUUGACUUCACAUCCAGGCUUCCUGCCUCAUCCAUUUGCAAUGCCUGUUGCAUAUGGUGCUCAUGGGCAAACCCCUGAUCACAAGUUAAUGCCUUUCAUCACUUUUCCUAGCAUUGCCAUGUGGCAAUUAAUACCGCCCGCUGUGCGUGACACGUCGCAUGACCACGUCCUCCAUCCUCCGGUUGCUUAAGUUUGUCGAUUGACGGUCGGUCUAUGUACAUUUCCUCCUUUCCAAAGAUUUUUCAUUUGUAGUUAUACAUCCUAUUGUUGUUAUCAACCAUGUUGAUGUUGGUUUCUUGAUAUGUUAGAACCUUAUUAGGUGGAUGAUAAUGUUUAGGAACUGAAUACUCUAAGAUGUCUAUGCUGAUUGUCUGUAACAUACAUAAUACGUAGUACAAUAUUUUUCUCUUUCUA